AUGUGGAUUGGCCUGCUCUUCGGCGUGAUGUGCCUGGGCGCUGCCUUUCAGCGCCAGCGGUCGUCGCAGAUGCCCGACCCGCAGCAGCUGGUCCGUCUGUACCGGGAGAAGAUCAUCCAGUGCCUGGUCGUGGGGAAGUACGCCAAAUGCGCGCCGUACACGCUCGAGACGCUGCUGCUCUACCUGAACAUCGAGUACCUGCAGAGCGAGGACACCCGCGUCGAGACCUGGAUCCUGCUGGGCGUCAUCGUGCGCCUGGCCCUGCGCAUGGGCUACCACCGCGAUGCCAGCCACUUCCCGCACAUCUCUCCCUUCGCGGCCGAGAUGCGCCGGCGUGUCUGGGCUCUCAUCGUCCAGUUCGACUGUCUGACGUCCGCCCAGGUCGGGCUACCGCGCAUGAUCCGCGACUCGCAGUCGGACACGGCGGAGCCGCGCAACCUGCUCGACGAAGACUUCGACGAGAACAGCACCGCGCUGCCGCUGCCGCAGCCCAGCACCGUCCAGACGCCGGUGCAGUAUAUCGUGGCGAAGAACCGCAUUGUCGCGGUCUUCGGCCGGAUCUGUGACCUGAUCACAUCCAGCAACGCGCCCUCCUACCCCGAAGUGAUGCAGCUGGACGAAACCCUCCAUGACACCUACCGCUCCGUGCCGGGGGGCCUGCAGAUGCGGCCGAUGACCAGAUCGCUCACGGACGGGGCGACGGUCAUCCUGCGCCGCAUGUACAUCGUCCUGCUCUACCACAAGGCUGUCUGCAUGCUGCACCAUCGCUACAUGAUUCCGGCCCGGACGGACGGGCGUUAUGCCUACUCCCGCUCCACCUGUGUUGCGGCCGCCCUGCAGAUCCUCUCGCAUCAGUGGACGCUGCAUAAUGAAACCCAGCCGGGAGGCCGUCUGUACGAGGAGCGCUGGAAGGUCUCCUCGCUCGUCAAGAGCACCUUCUUCCUGGGCACUACGAUCCUGUGCGCAGAGCUCGACUGCUCCCUCCACAAGGAACCCGCCGACGCCGAGCAGUCACCGGCCGAGACAGGCCUGCGGCAGCAGGUCAUCCAGGCUCUGCAUAAUUCGUACACGGUCUGGUUGCAGGCGAGUGACUCCUCGCGCGAGGCGAGGCUGGCGGCGGAUGUCUCCGGUCUGCUUCUCACCCGGGCACAGAGGAAAUGGAGGCCAGCGGAGAUGCGGCAAGUCGGAAACAUGGCAAUGUCGUCGGAAUCCCCCUUCAUGGGCGUGUCAAUCCCGCCGCAGAGCGCUACAAUGGCUUCUGCCGCCCCCGUUGAACAGCCGCUGAGCAUGCCGCAGCUGCUGCAGUUCAAUACCGCGGCGCACAUAGACUAUAGCGAUCUCGGUGCGGAGCCGUUGGGUCUUAGCCAGGGCGUGGAUGACAUGCUCGCCAUGUCGAUGACUUUUCCGCGGAUGUUCAAUGUGCCGGUUUGA